CGAUGAGCGGUGCAAGCGAACCAACGCCGAGCGGCGCUAGCGGCCAACCAACGUAGCCGUGAGGCGUGACGUUAAAACAGCUCGCCUGCCGGCACGCUGUGUGACAAAGAGGCGCUUUGUGCGCAUAACACCAAUCGUGUAUUUUAUUUCGACGUCGCUGCUGUUUGUCGUCGAACCUUCAAAGAAACCGACUGCUAAUUGCGCGCACGAAAGGGCUUUUGAUUGACACACGUCAGGUGAUUUACGAUUGGUUCAAACCGAUCAUACGCUUUCAAGCCCCGCCCUCCUCCGGCUCCUCGGCCAAUGGACUCGCCGGAAACGGGCACACGGGCGGGGUUUGGCUUCCCACGCUGCAAGCCGCCGGCUGUGCGCUAUAAAAACGGGAUUCGGCCGUUCGUCGGACGAGGAAAUUUGUGCUUUUCCUUCACGGCGGGUGCUUCUCGGAGCAGCCAGCCACCACCCACCCACCCAAAAACAACAACAACAACAACAACAACAACAACAACAGCAGCAACACUUGGAUAUUUGACGAGCAGCGGCCCACAGCAAGCAUUUCCUCGAGUCACCACCUAAUUGAGCUUCGAGCCUCGACUGCUGCGCCCGAGGAGCCACGAUGCAGAUGAGCGGCGAGCGCGCCAGCAACAAGCACUCCCUCAUCAACGUCAUGCACCGCUUCAUCGCGGCGGCCAACAACAUGGACGAGACCAUCAUGGUGCCGAGCCUGCUGCGGGACGUGCCGCUGGAGGAGGAGCGGGCGGCCGGCCGGACGGAAGCCAACAACAACAACAACAACAACGACGACGACGACGACCGGCGCGCCAGCGAGCAGCAGCGGGACAUGUACGAGCACUACCUGCUCCUCAAGUCCAUGAAGAACGACAUGGAGUGGGGUCUCCUCAAGCGGGAGAUGAGCACCGGCGGCUUCCUGGAGAUGGCCGUCAAGCAGGAGGAGCCCAAGGCCGUCAGCGACAGCGCCGACCUGGAGCGACAGUUUCACUUCCACCUGCGCGGACUCUUUGGGGUUCUGUCCAAGCUCACCUUGCAGGCGGACCACGUCACCAACAGAUACAAGCGAGAGAUCGGAGGCGGAAACUUCAUCAGAUAGAACGGCUUUCGUCGUCGUCGUCAUCCUCCUCCUCCUUCGUCUUUGCGCUUUUCGCCUCCUCGAGACUGCUUGACGUGAUGGGCUGUGUCACCGAAAUUGUCUCUGCGUCCCCGCCCCCCCCCCCCCCCCCCCAAAAAAUCAAACCGGCGACGACCGCUGCACUUCGUUUUGUGUGCGUGGUGGCGGUCGAAGUGUCCCGACGAAGCACAGCAACUCUUGCUUUGUGUCCACAGCGUGAAUCAAAGAUUUGACAGUAUAGGAGUCAUUGAAUGCUGGUUAUUCUGUCCCUCCUCUUCCCCCCCCCCCCCCCCCUUUUUAGUUUUUAUUGUUUUAUUUUUUUUUAUUGAAAUGCUUGAAGGGCUCUCUUGUGUAACGGGGCGUGCCUUGAUGUGGCCCUGUUCGUUCACAUCCUGUUUGCUAACGGCUCAUCUCAUUUGUCCUCCCCCUUUUGUUUUACAUUGUGCAAAUAAAUAAUUGGAAC